AUGGCGCAUGCGUUUCAGAAGGCUGGUUAUGUCUUGGAGAAGUACAGCGCGCUCUCAAAGAGGGAAGUGCGCGCAUUUCGGAUCGCUGGCUUGGUGGGCUGCGUGUCGAUGAUUCCCAUGGCAUGGAUCUCUAUGGACCUGCAUCGGGGGGCACACCUGUGCUUCGCCGGGCUCAUGAUGGGCUCGUGGCUGGUGGCAUUCGCUUUACGGUGCAAGUCCGGGUCACCUCCUUAUCAGCACCUGGCAACAUUCACAUCCGUUGCGGCACUGGUCUUGCUUCUGAUUUGGUUCGGCGGCAUUGCCUUCCACAAGAGCAUGUCCUGGGCUGAGUGGCUCGCAUUCAUGAGCUUCCUUCUGCACACCUUCAGCUUUCCGGUUCCCGCCAUGCGGGGCUCCAUGUUCCGACGGAACUCC